ACACUACUCCAAAAGUUGUCUAUUUGAAAAGAUGAAUUCAAUUGAGAUGAAGAUUAGAGGAGAGCUCGAAAGGGAUGUUGAGAGGGAUUUAGAGGAUGAAAUUAAAGAAGGAAUUUGCCAAUUAGCACUAAGAUUACAUAGGCUUUAUAAACACCAAGAGGAAAGGAACACAAGGAAAUCAAUUGAUGAUCAUGGUACAAGAGAUAAAACGCGAGGUACAAACACUAAAGCACUCUCUGAAGUGAACAUAAAUAUAAAGAUGGAAGGAGGGACAAAGAUUGAAAUAAAAGAAACCAAGAAAGAAGCACGUCGUCCGAUUUCUAAUAAGGCGUUGAAUAACAUGCAGAGAAUGGUUAGUAGUACUCGUCCACCAAAAUUUGACUGGACACAGAGUUUAAGGUCUGGACAGACUCACAUCACUGGUUAUGAUAAGAUCGAUACUUCCAGAAAGCAGGUUACAAAUAAGAAUGGUCAACAAAAUGUUAAAUUCAUCGAAAGUGCGGGGAAAAAAUCUACUAGAGGUUUGAAGUAGAGGGAAGGGAGUUUAAAAUUUGGAAGUCA